CCUCAGAGCCCAACGACUACACGGCUGUAUCAACCUUCUGUGUGUAGAAUAGCUGAAGAUCUGAAAACUUCAGGACCAACACAACACCUUCUGAGAUGGCGAACUGGAUCGUUCUGCUUGUGGCGUUUGCGUCCGUAAACCUCUCUCUAUCUGUUAGAGAACUGGAAUAUUCCACUCCCCAAAGCUGCAAAGAGCUCAAGCAAACAUAUAAAAUCAAUCAAGACGGUCUUUAUUACCUGAGCACGCCGAGCGGUGUCGUGUAUCAGACGUACUGUGACAUGACGACUGCAGGAGGAGGGUGGACUCUGGUGGCCAGCGUUCAUGAGAACAACAUGUACGGGAAAUGCACCACCGGUGAUCGCUGGUCCAGUCAGCAGGGUGGAAGUCCGAACGUACCUGAGGGAGACGGGUCGUGGAGUAACACCGUCACAUUCGGCACUGCAGAAGCUGCAACCAGCGACGACUUCAAGAAUCCUGGGUAUUAUGGCAUCAGAGCGGAGGACGUGGCAGUGUGGCACGUUCCUAAUAACGAGCUAGUGGGUCGUUGGAAACUAACAUCAUUCCUGCGCUACCACACGGAGACCAAAUUCCUCAAUAACUACGGAGGAAACCUCUACAAUCUCUUCAAGCAAUUCCCAGUGAAGUACAACGUAGGAAGCUGUCCUGCUAACCACGGCCCCUCUGUUCCUGUAGUGUACGAUGUUGGAGACGCCACAUCCAACCAUAACCUGUAUGGACCCCACAUCAGAGCGUAUACUGUUCCUGGAUUCAUCACAUUCCGAGCGAUAAACACGGAAAACGCAGCGAUGGCGAUCUGCUCGGGAGUCAAACCCACAGGCUGCCACAAUGAACACUGCUGUAUAGGAGGAGGUGGGCAUUUUCCUGAAGGGUCUCCGAGGCAGUGUGGUGAUUUCACCUCUUUCGACUGGGACGGUUACGGCAGUCACAUCGGCUGGAGCGCCAGUAAGCAGAUAACCGAGGCGGCGGUGCUCAUCUUCUACCGCUGAGAGAGAACCUUCCAGAACCAACUGCACACAAUUCACACAUCACACUGCUUUCACACCAUGUCAGAAUUACCGUAAUUACUAGAUGAGAACCCGGACAUUCUACUCAGAGCUGUUCACUUCCUUGGACUCGGAAUUAUGUAUUUCUAUACGGUAAAAUGAAUCUGUGUGAGAUGAUGAUGUUUACAUUCGCAAAAUACAUUACAAUAACGUAACAGUUUGUGCGAACUACAUUAAACUGUAUCGUAUGUCUUUCACUUAUUUUCAGAUUAAUCUUGCAUUAUUAAGACAUGAAUGCUUUUUACAUGUCGGAAUCUCGUAAUUAUGAGACGGUGUGAACACAGCUUCAGUAUAGUGUUCAUUGCUGCACGACUACAUGACUGUGUGUGUGUGUGUGUGUGUGUGUGUGUGAGAAACAGACCACAUAAAGUUCAUUCCUGUAAAAGUUACCAAAUCUUCAAGAAGUUAUUUCCAGAUGUUUACCGCAGGUCAUGUGUUUCUCUCUCUCUCUUAAUAAAUACACAUUAACCAAAUCAAUGGCAGUACUGUAUGUAAGAAUGGGCUGAGAAUUGUGUAGCAGUUUUUAGCACUCACCUGCUUUAUGAUGCAUUAUUACAGGCUUAUAAUCAAUUUCAAACCUAUCCAUUUCUGCUUACGGUGUUGAGGGUGUGUGUCCUCCUGAUUUUAUGAAAUAAUAAAGUUAUGAGCAUUA